AGUCAUCGUUAUUGAGCCGAGUGUUGCCUACAUAAAUCGCUCGUCUUUUGCAUUUGCCUCCCUUCUCUUUCUAAAUUUUAAUCUUGAAUUGUUCUGUUAAAUAUUACUACGCACUUCGGCUUCGAUAUUUUAAAAAGGUUUCAAGUGUAUCAUAAACGUGACUAAGUGUUAAGGUGAAUAUUAAAGUGAAAAAACAUGGCACCAAUAGAUGGGGCGUUUGACUAUGAUUUGGUGGUGAUUGGUGGAGGUUCAGGGGGUUUGGCAUGUGCCAAGGAAGCAGUAAACCAAGGUGUGCGAGUAGCCGUAUUAGACUAUGUAACUCCAUCACCACAAGGAACCAAGUGGGGUCUUGGGGGGACAUGUGUGAAUGUUGGAUGUAUUCCAAAGAAGUUGAUGCACCAAGCAGCAAUACUAGGAGAAAGUAUACAUAAAUUGGUAAGUGUUCCUGACACCCCCACCAUCAAAACCUACCCAAUUCCUUCCUGUUCCCUGGAUAACAAGUCGGAAGCCGUAGCAUACGGUUGGCAGGUCCCAGCAUUAGAUCAGAUCAAAAUAAACUGGACAGCACUCACCGAAUCAGUACAAAAUCACAUUAAAUCCGUCAACUGGGUGACCAGAGUUGACCUUCGGGAUAAGAAAAUUGAGUAUAUCAAUGGCUUGGGCGCGUUUAAGGAUCCGCAUACGGUUGUCGCGACGAUGAAGAACGGUAGCAAGAAAGAGUUGACUGCAAGAAAUGUUGUAAUAGCGGUGGGGGGACGGCCACAUUAUCCAGAUAUUCCUGGCGCAAUGGAAUACUGCAUAAGCAGUGACGAUAUAUUCAGCUUGGGACAUCCGCCUGGCAAGACAUUGGUGAUUGGAGCUGGAUAUAUUGGUCUCGAGUGCGCCGGCUUCCUCAACUCUCUUGGUUAUCCAGCAACAGUGUUGAUCCGUUCGGUACCUCUUCGUGGUUUUGAUCAGCAAAUGGCUUCGAUGGUCACAAAUGAGAUGGAGAUGAAGGGAGUGCAGUUCCACCACAAGGCCAUACCUGUCUCAGUUGAGAAAUUGGAGACUGGACAGCUGAAGGCGAAGUGGCUGAACACCGAGACACAGAAGGAGAGUGAAGAUGUAUUCGACACAGUACUGAUGGCAACAGGACGGUAUGCACUCACCAAACAACUCAACUUGGAUGCGGCUGGAGUCUCAACUUUAUCAACAAACGGCAAAAUCGUAGCUGACACGGAACAGACAAACGUACCACACGUAUAUGCAGUCGGUGACGUGUUGGAAGGUAGACCCGAGCUGACUCCGGUGGCCAUUCAUGCCGGAAGACUGUUGGCGAGGAGAAUGUUCGCGGGGGGAAACCAGCAGAUGGAUUAUGAGAACGUGGCCACCACUAUCUUCACUCCGCUCGAGUAUGGAUGUGUGGGACUUAGUGAGGACACCGCUGUGCAAAGAUUCGGAGCCGACAACCUGGAGAUAUACCACGCGUAUUACAAGCCGACCGAGUUCUUCAUCCCCCAACGUAACAUUCGCAAUUGCUAUUUGAAGGCCGUGGCCUUGAGGGAGGCCCCGCAGCGUAUUCUAGGGCUCCACUUCGUGGGCCCCGUGGCUGGAGAGGUCAUUCAGGGCUUCGCCGCAGCUGUCAAGUGUGGUAUAACAAUGGAGCAAUUAAUGAACACAGUGGGAAUCCACCCAACUGUAGCCGAAGAGUUCACUCGCCUUAACAUCACCAAGAGGUCUGGCAAGGACCCCAACCCCGCUUCUUGUUGCAGUUAAAUCAGAUUUUAAUUUAAAUGAACAUAAUUGUGGACGGACAUAAUUGUGGACGGACAUAAUUGUGAUCGGAAAUAAUUGUGAACGGACAUAAUUGUGAACGAACAUAAUUGUGGACAUCUCCGCUAUGCAAAUAGUACAUAUUGCUUUAAUUCCUCACUCAAAAAAUCCGUCUUCGUAGUUAAAUAACUUCUCGAGUGAAAUGUCAGGGAUUUAUUGGUUAAAGAACAAGCUUAAAUCAAACAAAUUAUUUACUAUUUAUUAAUAAGUACAUACACAAAGCGGGCAUUUAUAUUUUAUUGAACUCUUGGGUGCUCAUAGCUCUUGCCUAUGUUUAAUGUACAAAAAGACAGUUUAAAUAAAAUGUCAUUACCAAUUAAUUAGUGGCGUUUGCAAGUUUUCACAUUCACCCAGUAUUAUUGUUGUUAGUACAUUCCGGCGCAAGCGCUGAAUAACCGAUCGUAAUUAUUUGUUAUAUUAUUGUAAUAAUUCUUAAUAAAGUGAUAUAUUUGUA